AUGGUUAAAUCUAGUACACCCAUUUGGGUACUAUUGUUUUCUUUUAUGUUUGGAUUUGAAAAGCCUCGAUUUUUAUUGGUCACUAUUAUCGUUAUUAUGGUUACUGGAGUUAUUUUAACAGUAGAAGGGGAAACAAAAUUUGAUGGAUUAGGGUUCUCACUUGUAUUGAUUGCGUCCAUUAUAUCAGGCUUAAGAUGGAGUAUGACACAACUGUUAUUAAAACACGAAAAUAUAGGAAUCAGUAAUCCGAUUGCUACCUUGUACUAUUUAAGUCCUGUCAUGUUUAUGACUAUGAUGACUCUCAGUUUAAUUUUUGAACAUCCAUUUGAUCAGUCUCAAGACUCAAACCACUUUGAUACCUUUGCACAUAUUAUAGAAUUAUUUGGAUUGAUGUCUAUUGGUGGAUUUUUAGCAUUUGCUAUGAUAUUGGCUGAGCUGUAUUUGAUUAAAAGUACAAAUACAGUUACAUUAAGCGUUGCAGGGAUUAGUAAAGAAAUUGUUGUUAUUACAUUAUCUGUUAUGAUAUACGGGGAUGUUUUAACUACAAAAAACGUAUUAGGGCUAAUUGUAUCAAUCAUUGGUAUUAUUGCAUAUAAUUAUUAUAAGAUUUCAAAAUAUAAUUCAAAAGAAAGGCAAUAUCAAAUAAUCCCAUUACAUUCAUCUUCGUCAUCAUCGACAAAUACAAGUAUGUCCUCGAAUACAGCAAUAAGAAACCUUAGAGAUUAA